AUGUCCCGAAGCUUCCUGGUGGACUCCCUCAUAGGGAACAACUCGCCGCCGUCGUAUCCGUUGCCUUAUUAUGGGAAUCAUCUGCCAAAUUACAUGUUCAACUUUUUUAACCUGGGGAUCGGGUAUCAACCCGUGCGACCUGUGCCUCGGCCUCCUGUUUUGCCGGUCCCGGUUCCUCUGAGUCCUCCGGGAAUUGUCGGCCUGCCGAUUCCUGGACAGAGUCCUCCGUCGCCUCUCAACACCUCGGCUAGUAGACUAUCUGACGUUUCGGCACCGAACGAAUCGCCAUCCCGCGCUAGUACCCCAACACCACCUCCGAAAUCACCGAAUUCCAUCACCAACAGUUCGAAGAGAAUCCGAACAGCUUUCACCAGCACUCAGCUUCUGGAGCUGGAACGCGAAUUCGCAGCUAACAUGUACCUGUCGCGAUUGCGCAGAAUCGAGAUCGCGACGAACUUGCGGCUUUCGGAAAAACAGGUGAAGAUCUGGUUCCAAAAUCGCAGGGUGAAGUACAAGAAGGAAGAUUUGCCGUCUGGUCAGACCUCGAAGUGUUGUUGCCUGAGGACCUGCGGCAAGAAGAAGGAGGGAUGUGGGGAAGACAGUCGCAAAUGCGAGGAGGACGACAGGGCGCAGCAAAAGGAGGCCGAAGCACAAAGGAGAACGCAGGAUUCCUCGAGCCCCAGGACGAGGAUAUCGGAAGGAGCAGAACUCUCGUUGGACGUUUCCGCGGCGGCGGAUAACCCCGGCUUGCUCACUCCAGAAGUCACACCUGAUGGUCGGAAAUUCUUUGCGGAUGACUCGAGGCCAAGUUCUCAGACUUUCACGCGAUUUGUGUAUCCGCCACUUCUUCAGGAUCCCUGCGACUUGUCGAGGGGCGUGAAAAGACCAGCCUCCGAUUUUGCCGAGUUUGACGUCGACAGGAAAAGGCGAGAAAAUCUCUGUACUAGUCCUGCGCAGGAUGCCACCAGUUUGCCGGUCUUCAGGAACGUCAAUUGUACGAAGCACACCGUAGAGCGCAUCGUGAACUCUUAG